AAGCCAGUCAGUUCAGUUUCAGUGAACGUGCCCUCGAGAGCACAAACGCCGUCGUCAUUAAUUCCAUGUGAACAACAAAUAAAUGUGCUUGUGAACGAAAACAACGAUUUUCUCCACUUCGUGUCCGACCCAAACUCCCGAUGGCACCUUUGAUUUUCCCAAUGUGAAAGGCCGCGUCGCUCGAGAUGCCCCAAAGAAAACAGCCAAGAACGCUGCAGACAAUAUGCCAAGAGUGUAUUACAUCUCAUCUGGCCGUCACCUGUCGCAAGCUGCAGUCGGCAGCUCAAGAUGGAGCGGCGGCGCAAGUUCUGAGCCUGGCCAAAAAGCAGCUCAGGCCCUUGUACCUGGCAACCCUUCCAGGUUCGAUUCGGACCGAUCUCCUACGUGAAGCUUCCCGUUUGCUGAGUUCACCGCCUCCAGACGGCUCCAGCUCUCCAGGCGCUGGUCCCGCACCCCUUUAUCUCCUCACCCUUUUACUGGCGCCGGACGUCAAAAGUCUGCGCAUCGAACUUUGCUGCUACUAUGGAUGCAGCCACCAGGCGGCACUUUUGCGGCUGUUGGCGCAGGAGGGCACUGGCCUGCGCAGUCUGGAAAUCGCGAGGACGGCCCUCUUGAGGCUGGACAAGGCCCUGCUCAGGUCGGCCCUGACGGCGGCCCCUUCCCUCAGGAAACUGGUCAUGCGAAACAUCGCCAGCGAUUCAAUUUUGCAGGUGAUCGGAGCUAGUUGUCCUAGUUUGGAGGUGCUGGACGUGGCUCACUCGCGCCAGGUCACGGACAACGGCGUCCGCGACCUUCUAGUCAGCGUCGAACUCAAGGACAAAGUCGGCAACCAGGAGCAGCCCCAGAAGUCGCCCGUGCACCGCUGGGCAAAACUGAGGAUGUUGGCAAAGUUCGUGCCCUGGAUGAAAAACGAAAACUCGGAUAAACAAAGAAAGGUGCUUUUGCACUAUUGCGAAAGACGAAACAACCUUUGCUCUUCGCUGCACACCCUGGACAUAAGCAACACCGGAGUGAGCACGGCAGGAGUUCUUCUCGCGCUAAAUCACGCCCCUGGACUUCAAUCCUUCGGCGAUUAUGCACACACUGUGACUGCCCUUGAGGCGCUGGACAAGACGCCCGUUAAUCAUCAAGAGAGUCACAACAACAGAUUUAACCUGAUUGCGGCGAGGACGGCGCGAAUCACGCAGCACCGCCUGGAGGUGAUGACGCAUUACUGCCCUGAGCUCAGGGCACUCGUCCUAGACGAGCCCCGGCUUCCCGCGACUGCCCUGCAGAGUUUGCCCAAAAACCUGUCCAUUCUUGCCAUACACUCGGCGCCCAACAACGCACUCUGGCUCAGCUGCCUAUACUCGCACCUGAAGACCAACGGGCACACCCUGAUGGAACUGACCCUGAGGUUCAGCUUCGUCAACCCCAACGAAGUGCCGCGGCCAGCCAACGUUUUGGAUCUCACUCAGGUUGCGAAUUCGUGUCCGCAGCUGCGCACCCUGAUCGUGGAUGGCUUGAAUGUGGCCUGGGAAUCUGACCAGGGGAUAUCCUUCUCGGACAAAAAACCCAUGCCAAACCUGAAGGUGGCACAUUUGGGCAGAAUAGUCAGUGCCCAGGCCAUUUCCAGGCUUCUCAGGUGCGCGCCAGAUCUCAGGGUAAUGCACAUCUUCUGCUGCCUUGAUCUGCAGGACCGUGAUCUGCGGCACCUCGUUCCCCAUAUGAAGAAACUGGAAUGUUUCUAUAUCUACGAAGCACGCCAAGUGAAAACCUUAAGUGCUGUGAACGCACUGAUCAGCUCGUGCGGCCAGUUGAGCAAGUUGGGCAACCUUGGCAGUUGGGGUCUCGACUGUGAGAGUACAAGGGCGGUCUACAGCCAAAUCAACGGCGGCCAGUUGCAGCUCGAACUGCUCGGUGGAUCGCACUGGUUCAACUCGCCGUGCAUUCACACCACAUGAGCAGCGAAACCACCCUUUACCUGGUGCCAAAUCAAGGGCUGUGGAUUUUUUAGUGCAUUUCCAGUGCCAACCGAAUCAAACGUGGACAUAUCAAAAGUUGAUGAAGGUGAAGAGGAGAGUAUUUUCUGUGUCUACAAGCUAAAUAAAUGGAUGUGUGUAUGAAACACAAGUUGCCAUUUCAAUUAGAUGCCGUGCCAGACUGGAUCGAAGCCAAUUUGGCGGAUAAUUUGCAGAAAGCACUUUGCGCCGGAGAUCGAAUUCCAGGCCAAUGUCAACAGCUAAAUGUUUUAUCCCCAUGCAAAUGGAAGAGUGAAAAGCUGUCCAUCAAAUGAUACAUGAAAGGAGAAAUUUAAAAGUUUUGACACGCUUGUCUGACAAUCGUACUAAAGGUCAUGAGGUUAUUUUUGUAAAGUUCUUUGCUUGAAUUAUUGAUCAAGUUUUCCGAUUAGUCUAUUAGUGGCAAAUCAAUAACUUGUGACUUGUGCUGUCCUUGCAAGUUGCAAAAGUAGGAAAUAAUAAAUAAAGGUCAGUUCAUCAAGAAGUCUUAUUUAAAGUAAAUAAGUAAAAAAAUUAGACACAGAAUUUCAUAAGAACAAUAUAGCGAUUUUGUAGCUUUAAGGCCACAAAAGUCAUUUAAAUUAAAUGAUAAUGGCUUCUCCUCAUUGUGAAAUGAACUCAUGUCUAUUUUUUAAAGCUCCACGUAGAAAGGUUUUUGAAAUGUUAUUUCAAGAAGAAAUGAACAAAAUCAUGGAAAUUAACAGAAAAUCAGCAUGAUACGAAGCAGAGCCUAAAAUUAGUUCUUCAUUCCAUGAAAAAAAUUUAAAAAAA